AUGGUGUCCACCGUCUACGUCCCCGUCACACACCCCCAGCCCUGCCAGCAGUCCUCAGAGUCGAUACGCAAUCGCAUCGAGAUCGUGGCAGAGGACAUACCCGAACUCGAGCGUUUCUACAACAUCAUGACCUCACCCCAGAGAGCAGCCAGGCUGCGAGUCUACUACGACGAGCAGCUCACGGACUUGACCCGCGUGGCCUUCGACUCGCUCGAUCAACAGGGUAAAGUCGACUAUCUCCUGCUGAAGAACUACCUCGAGCGGCGGAGGCGACAGCUCGAUCUCGAGGUCGCCCGGGACCAGAAGACGGAGCCGUUGCUGGGGCCGUUUGCGUCCACUAUCACGGCGCUCUGCGAAGAUCGCCAGAAGGCACGGCCGCUGGACGCGAAGAAGGCAGCGCAGGAUGUCCACGACGUCCAGAACGCAAUCCAGACACUCAAAGCCCAGGUGCAGAACUCCCAGAUCACCAUGGACAAAUUCAGCGCGUUUCGCGCGGCCAACACCGUCGACGAGCUCCGCGCCCGCCUCGCUGAAUGGUAUGACUUCUACAAAGGCUACGACCCCCUGUUCUCCUGGUGGGUGGCCCAGCCCUACGCUGCCGCUGACCAGCAGCUGGGCGAGUACGCGGCGCUGAUCCGUGAGAAGCUGGUCGGCAUCAAGCCCGGCGAGCAGGACGACGCCAUCGUCGGCCAGCCCAUCGGCCGCGACGGCCUGCUGGUCGAGCUGGAGGCAGAAAAGAUCGCCUACACCCCCGAGGAACUGCUCUGGAUCGGCGAGCAGGAGUACGCGUGGUGCGAGGCGGAGAUGAAGAAGGUAUCCCGUGAGAUGGGCUUCGGGGACAACUGGCGUGCAGCCCUGGCGGUGGUCAGGGAGGACUACGUCGAGCCCGGGCAGCAGACGCAGCUGGUGCGCGACCUCGCCCUCGAGGCCAUCGAGUACGUGCAGAAACACGAUCUGGUGACGGUGCCGCCGCUCGCGGCCGAGGCAUGGCGGAUGUUCAUGAUGGCGCCGGAACGACAGAAGGUCAACCCGUUCUUCCUGGGCGGGCAGUCGAUCAUCGUGUCCUAUCCGACCGACACGAUGGACCACGAGGCCAAGCUGAUGAGCAUGCGCGGCAACAACAUCCACUACGCGCGCGCCACCGUCUUCCACGAGCUGAUCCCGGGCCACCACCUGCAGCUGUUCAUCAACGCGCGACACCGGCUGUACCGGCGGCUGUUCGGGACGCCGUUCUCGGUCGAGGGCUGGGCGCUGUACUGGGAGAUGGUGCUCUGGGACGACGAGCGGUUCCCCAAGACGCCGUCCAACCGCGUGGGGAUGCUGUUCUGGCGCAUGCACCGGUGCGCGCGCAUCCUCUUCUCCAUCAAGUUCCACCUGGGCCAGCUGAGUCCGGAGGAGUGCAUCGAUCUGCUGGUCGACAUGGUCGGGCACGAGCGCGCCACGGCCGAGGGAGAGGUGCGCCGUUCGCUGAAUGGGGACUACUCGCCGCUCUACCAGGCGGGCUACAUGCUGGGCGCGCUGCAGCUGUAUUCCCUGCGCCAGGAGCUGGUCGUCACUGGCCGCAUGGCGGAAAAGGAGUUCCACGACCGGAUCCUGCGCAACAACCAGAUGCCUAUCGAGUUUGUGCGGGCGCUGCUGAUUGAUCUGCCGCUGAGUGCUGACUAUCGCGCGUCGUGGAGGUUCUAUGGAGAUCCUUCGAGGUAG